AUGGCAUGGCGAAACAAUAGACCAAGGCAACCGCAAGGCAUGGGUCCCAGGUAUCCUCCGCCGAUGGGCAACGUUCAUCUGGCAGCGUCCAGUGACCCGGUAGCUAGUUAUGGAGCAGCAAAUACCGAUCAGUAUAAUCAAUGGCAAUGGCAGCAGUAUCAGCAACAAUACGCCCAGUGGUAUGCUAUGUAUGGCGAGAAAUACGCACAACAAACAGGUACUACGUUGCCACCAGUAGCCUCACCUAUGCCGCAAGCAGUUUCGCAUGUCACAACAAAUCCCUAUGCUGAGGCACCGCUGCCGGUGGGACCAGUUUUCGGUUCGCUAGGAAUGGCGGCACCACCACCACCAUCUGAACCACAUCCUGACGAGCUGAAGAUGAGCAGAACUGGCGAGAAACCACCUCCUCCGGAAGAGAAAAGUCCCGAGGAGAUCGCUUUCGAUGAACAGUUUCGAAAGUGGGAACAGGAGUUUGAGACGUGGAAAAAAACCAACAUAAAUCACCCGGACAAGGCGGCAUACCGAGAGUACGAACAGAAGUACGAAGAACAGCGUAAAAAGCUGCUGGAUCAUCGCGAACAGCUGCGCCGUAGAAGGAAUGGAGUGCAGAACGCUAUGGUUCAGGCUCCUCGUAAUACGACCCUUAUCACAUCUAUACAAAAACCUCCUCCACCACCACCAUCACCACAGCCUACCCAACCACCACCUCCACCACAGCCAGUCCAUUACUUGCAGCCACCACAGCCACCCCAAGAGCCUGCAGAGGAAGAACCACCUUCCACCAUUAUGCCAACAGACUCAGAAAAUACUCAGCAAGAAAACGACGAUAUGCAUCUACAAAAUCUGUUCAGUGGUUCCGGAAAGGGUGCUCGUGGCGGUGGCAUCCCUGGACUGGAUUUAAUCGAUGAUGCACCACCGCCAUUGCCGAAGAAGGCAAAACUCGAAGAAGCUGUCGUCGAUUUAUCGAACGACGAGGAAGAAAUCAAACAAACAACAGCAACGACCAACAGCAACUCGAACAAAAACAUGAUCAGUACUUUGUUAAACGAUCCCAAUGUGAAUGCUCUGCUGCAGCUGGUAGGAAAAACGAUUUCAGGGAAUGGCACAAGAGCUGGUGUUAGUGACACAACCAAUCCCCUAGUGGCGGCCUUGGCACAGCUUACAAAUAAUUCAAAUCUAGAGAAAAAUAAUUCUGACGAACGGUGGCCGAAUGAAAUGAACGAAGUCACGGUACAUCCUCCAAACUCAUCGUUUGACUCCCAUAUGAAUGGACCGAAUGAUCGGGGACUUCUUCCAUCAACAAGCGGUUCUUUGCCGCGUAACACUAUGGUGAGGGAAGAUGAGAGGCUUUUACCGCACAAUAAACCGCAGGAUUUCAAUCCGCGCAUACCUCCACCACUGCUGGACGUUGACUUUACCCGGCCGCCGCCGUUGAUAAGAUCAGACAACAAGUCGCAGCGCGACAGAUUCGGUGAAAUAGGAUCGUUUAACGAUGGUUAUCUUGGUGACGGGUCACCGUUGGCGAAAAUGCCACGAUUCGACUUAGGACCACCGCCGCAGGGACCAGUCCAGCCCAACCAUAAGGAAUACAUGGUGGAUCCGGAGCUGGGUCGGCCGGUGGCAGUCCCCAAACCGGACUGGAUGACUGAGGAGGAAUAUCAGGAAAUUUACGAUCGUUACGAGCACGUACUAAGUUUUGAGGAACGGAAAAGUAAAAUGGUGUUAGCGAUACACGUGCUGAAGCAGAGAAAAAUCCGCAUCGGUACGCUCGUGGUUGAUGAACUUAACCGCACCUUUGCUGGCAUGCCGAAGCCAAUGCCACCGGUGAAAGAGCAGAUAAAAAGUGAACCGGUUGACGAAUAUUUCAAACCACAGCAGGUGUUUGAUUAUUCCAACUGUAGGAAUGUGGGAGCAGUCACUAGCCAUUCAUUGCCGGCAGGACGAGUCAUAGACUAUGGCCACCGGGGAACUAAUGCGCAUGGCACGAUCAAUAAUAGAUUCAACACCAGCAGACGGGAUGAAUUCCCCGUUCGUGAAGGUAUGAAUAAGUAUAUUUGUAACGAAAACGGAUUCGGUAGUAAUACGCAGCGUUUUGAUUACAAUCAUUCGCGAGUGGCCAGCAACGUGGGAUCGGUGGCGUCUGUGCAGCAUAGUACAGCGUGGCCACAAACAAAUCAGCCCGGUUCGCACGAUCGAACCGUGUCUGGGUUGGAACGAUUGGCACAGAUGCAUCUCAAUCCCAAUCCGGAAGAAAGUAAUCCUAACUAUCCGAGUAAGUUCCUGCUGAUGAAUGAUAAUCGUCCCAAUUGCCUUAGUACGAAGCGCGCCAAGCGGCCGUCGUCCAUACGCAAGCAGAAACUGAAACAAAUGCAACAACAGGCACAACUGCAGCAACCCGAACAGAAUGAGGAGCCAAUCGCUUCGAAUUUGAUUGUUUGCAAGCAGGAACCGGAGAUGCUGCUAGAGGACUUGAGCUCGGACGAAGACAUUGCGCCCGAUGACAGCCUUGCGUAUCAGAGUAAUGACGAAAGCGCAAAGCCAAAUGCAGUUAAGCAAGAACCACCGGACGAACGGUCCGAAUCGACAGUAUCGUCGUUAUUUUCGCAGAAUCAUACCGUUACCCGGAUGGUAGACAUUGACGAUCUGCUAUUGCCACCGGGACGUUACCACCGUCCACCCAGAAUAUGUCUGCUAAUCCGAGGUCUACCGGGCAGUGGGAAAUCGCAUCUGGCGCGGUUAAUUAAAAACAAGGAGCAAACGUUCGAUCAAUCGCCACGUGUGUUGAGCCUUGACGAUUAUUUUCUGGUCGAGCGAGAGGAGGAACAGAAGGAUCCAGUUUCGGGCAAAGUAACAAAGCUAACCCGUUCAGAGUACGAGUACGAUGCGGAAAUGGAAGACAUCUACAUACAGAAUCUGAUCAAAGCAUUCAAACGGACAAUUUCUGAACGAUUGUUUAAUUUUGUGAUUGUCGACUGCUGCAAUCACCGGCUAGAAACUUAUUGCGAGUUUCACAACUACGCCCGGAGCAAUGGUUUUAAGGUUUAUACGUGCACGAUGCAAACCGAUGUGGAAGAUUGUGCCAGGCAAAACAUUCAUAAGCGCACGGAACAAGAGAUUCAGGCGUAUGCCGACAAUUGGGCGAUGGCUCCCGACGAGCACGUGCAAAUCAAUUUUAACUCUCUGCUUGAACCGGAACUGCCGGCAGAUACGGAUACAACAGUGGCUGAUAUGGAGCUGGCUGCAGUGGAUGAGGAGCGUCCAGACGCCGAAGAGUACAGGGCCCAAACGGAACAAACCAACAACAAACCAUCACACGAAGAAAGCAAUGACAGCCCGGUGGAGGGCUCGGCUGAGUGUGACAUGUUCGCGAGUAAAUGGGACCACGACACCAGUGAGCAGAAUUUAGGUUGGUAUAAUUUACUGGACGAUGUCAACAGCGAGGACCAGGAAAACGAAGCCCAAGAUAGUGCCAACUCCGGAAAGAAGAAGCGUGUACGUUGGACCGAUGUUGAGGAGCGCAAACCGCAGGAAAAGAUGCGUCAGCUAGGCUUCGUCGUAGGCGUUACGGAUUGGAGGCGCAUGAUAGACCCGUCCGAGGGAAGCAGUGCGCUAACGCAAACGAAGUAGAUUGCUCGAGUAAAGAGACAGGAGUAA